AUGUCGACAUUGGCGUCGGUACAGGCCGAGAAUUCCGACGAGGAGAAUUCGGCUGCGGAGAACUCCGACGAGGAGGACACAGGCGCGAGGCCGUCAACGCUCAAGGAGUUCAUCACCCUUGUGGUGACGGACGAGGAAGGGCGCCGGCUCACCCGCACCAUGCGAACAACCGACAAGCUGCAGGACUUGAUUGACUACUACUACGCCAUGGUGCCCAUUGUAAAGGCCGGCAACGGGUCUUUCGUGACGGGGAUGAGAUCCACUUCUACUUCUUCCCGGUGUUCGACCUCUGUGCUGCAGGACUUCAGAGGCCGAAGGUUCACCCGCACCAUGCGGAGAACCGACAAGAUGCAGGGACUCAUGGAUUUCUACUACGACAUGGUGCCUGCUGUCGCCAUCGCGCAUGACGAUGGAGGCGCCGGUGGCAUAUUCCUGCAUCGCGGCGAGUGCAUUGCAGGUGACCAGACUCCGGCUGAUCUGCAGUUGAAACAUUUCGAUAUGAUCUACUUCGUUCCAAGGCGUCGGGGCGGCGUGGUGGAGGAGAAGCCCGGAAGCUUCGUAACUCUCUAUGUGACCGAUGGACAAAACAAAGUCUACCUCACCAUGCGGAGAACAGACAGGCUCAAGGUCCUCCUGGACGUCUACCGCGACAAAGUGCCGACUGGGUGGUGGGGUGGUAGGUUUACUCGCUAUGGCAAGCAUCUCAAUCACCAGAGCACACCAGCGGAUCAUGACAUGAAGGACGGCGACGAACUCGAUUUUUUCUCUAGGAUUAUUUACCGAUAA